UCAGAAAGUCAAAACCCUAAACAGCAAGACCUCCUUCCCGUCCUGCCCCGCCUCUUUUGCGUUGGUGUUCGCUCUGCUCCAACUCCCCCAUCGCCAUUUCCGGAACUCAGAGCUCGAGCUCCUUCAAUGGGGAAGAAGUGGAGAGAAUCCUCAUCGGAUAGCGAACCAAUUGCCCCCACGGCCAUCCCCGAGCAAGAGCUCAAAUCAGAUAAGAAGAAGAAGAAGAAGAAGAAGAAGAAGAAGGACAAGCACGGAAAGGAGGAGAAAGUGCAGGAGGAGGUCGUAGGAUUAUCACCAGAGUACCAGAAUGGGUCCGGCUAUAAGAGGAAGAAGAAGCAGCUGGACGAUACCGACCUGGAAUUUGAGCUGAAGAGUGACAAGAAGAAGCAUAAGAAGGGAGAUUCAAGUGACAGUGGAAGUGGUGGGGCCGACGAGGAGGUGAGGGAGGGGAACGUGGUGGUGAGCGGGAAAGAUGUCAAGAAACCGAAGUACAUUCCGGUGGAGUCGUUCGAGGGCUCGAAGCUGCCCGGGGAGGUGCUGGAGUGCUGCAAGGGGUUUAAGAAGCCCUCUCCGAUACAGUCAAGAGCAUGGCCUUUCCUGCUAAACGGCCGCGAUUUCAUCGGGAUCGCCGCGACUGGGUCAGGUAAAACCUUGGCUUUUGGGAUACCGGGGAUUAUGCAUGUUUUGAACAAGAGGAAGGGGAAGAUGUCCAAGGGGAGGAGUCCACUUUGCCUUGUUUUAUCACCUACGAGGGAGCUGGCUCAGCAGAUUUCUGAUGUUCUAGUCGAUGCUGGAAAAGCUAGUGGGGUAACAUCAGUAUGCCUCUAUGGAGGAACAUCCAAAGGACCACAAAAAUCUGCUCUUAAGGCUGGAAUAGACUUCGUGAUUGGAACACCUGGACGCUUGAAAGAUCUAGUUGAAGAAGGUGUCUGCUGUCUUUCUGAAGUAGCUUUUGUGGUGCUUGACGAAGCAGAUAGAAUGCUUGACAUGGGAUUCGAAAUGGAAGUUCGCUCUAUAUUGAGCAAGACUUGUUCUGUUCGCCAAAUGGUAAUGUUUAGUGCCACAUGGCCGCUGCCGGUACAUCAGUUAUCUCAAGAGUUCAUGGAUCCUAAUCCUGUCAAGGUAGUGGUUGGUUCAGAGGAUUUAGCUGCCAAUCAUGAUGUUAUGCAGAUAGUUGAGGUCUUGGAUGAUCGUGCUAGAGAUGAUCGAUUAGUGGCUCUACUACAAAAGUAUCACAGUUCACAGAGUAACAGAGUACUGGUCUUUGUGUUGUACAAGAUGGAAGCUUCACGUGUUGAAAAGAUGCUGCAAGGAAGGGGCUGGAAGGUUGUCUCCAUACACGGGGACAAAGCACAGCAUGACCGUACAAAAGCACUUGCUCUAUUUAAGAAGGGAAGCUGUCCUUUGAUGAUUGCGACUGACGUUGCCGCUCGAGGACUUGACAUUCCGGAUGUUGAGGUGGUGAUAAACUAUAGUUUUCCUCUCACCACCGAGGACUAUGUCCACAGAAUUGGAAGAACAGGGCGGGCUGGGAAGAAGGGAGUCGCCCAUACAUUUUUCACAAAGGAGAACAAGGGACUUGCUGGGGAACUGGUCAAUGUACUCAAGGAGGCUGGGCAAAUUGUGCCAGAAGCCCUCCUAAAAUUCGGUACCCAUGUAAAGAAAAAGGAAUCGAAACUCUAUGGGGCUCAUUUUCGAGAAAUUUCUGCAGAUGCUCCAAAAGCUACAAAGAUCACAUUCAACAACUCCGAUGAGGAAGACUGAAUGGCGUCAAGCUUUAGUAUUAAUACUAAGUGUAUACUGUUCGAUGCAAGAUACACAUUUAUUUCUUUUCUUCAUAUUCAUUGGAUCCAAAGAAAGAAAGAGUGUCAUCAGGGAUUUCUGAAACUGUAGUAUGUGGUAGGGAAGGGCCCUAGUUAUUUGAAGGCCUCAGUUUUGUGGCAUCUUUUAUUCGUUAUUAUCUGUAGCCGGUAGAGAUAGUUUCCUCAGCAGCAUUGUCAGGAUGUAAAAGUGAUUCUUUUACAGAUUGAAGCCAUUACCGGACUGGUGUAAUGAUCAUUGAUCCCAGCUUCUUCUGUCCUGGAUAUUGUAUCCA